GCCUAUCGCGUAGCAACAGUAAACGCUCAUUGGUUUUACGUGCACUGACCGCAAACCCGUGCUCUCGCGACUGAAGUAAACAAUAUUGUUACCUUCAUUACAUUAGGCAAAAUAUCACAUGAAUCAUCAAAGGGAUCAUCCAAAUAUUCUUUUAUCUAUUGGAAAAUAUUGGAUGCUAAAUUGGAACCUGCUAUUUUUGUGAGAAAACUUGUGAAAUUGUCAUUAGUUUCCUCGGUUGAAGCACGGAAGAGAUUUUUUCUGUCAGCGGUUCACGAUCAGACUUUGAGCCUGGCCUGCCGGCCUAGGUUUUCGUGGGACGCCAAGGUCAGCCUAACGCCCACUGUGCUAAUGAGAUUUUGAGGGUGCUUGCCUUUUAGUUUUACUAAAACUUGAAGAAGCAGCCUUGGUCUUGGACAUGGCAGUUCAUGUCACAACUGAAGUUGGAAAAGUCGGACGUCGUGAGAGAGAAAGAAGACAUUUCAAUGAACGUAGAGGUUAUGAAGAGGACGAAGUGAGAGGAAGAAGAUACAUAAACCCAGGCUAUGGAGAUCAACCUGAUUGGCAUCCACAUGUAACAAAACAAGAGGUCAAAUAUACAGAUCAUGGUCUUGAUUGGUCAUCUAGAGCAAGAUUUAUUCCUCCUCCUAAGACCUAUACAGGAGAGUAUCCAGAGGAAGUUACAUUGCCAAAGUUACGCUGCUUUCCAGGUAAAAAUUCUUCUGUGACAACAACAACAGAAUGGACGGCAUACCCUGAAGGCUAUCAUAUAGGAAGGAGAUGCAAGUUUGUGAAGAGCGAUAAAGUAAAGCACCUAGCCAGUACGACAUCAACAGCAGAAAUAACUCAUUCUAUGAUGCUAGGCAAGAAUAGAAAAUUGAAUUCAGUAUGGGAGAGAAGAGGUGAGUUUCCUGCUGCUUCUGGUGGUGAUAAGAGCUACCAAGCCCCAGAAUAUUCUCCAAACUUCCAUCAUUAUGGUUCUACCAGACCAGUUGUAACGUUCGGAGGUACUAUCAAAUUAAAACCGGACACAUUCGUUCCACUUCAAGAGCUUCCUACAGAAUACUGUGAGCCUUUCAAUGUGAAGGAAAGGAGAAGGAAAUAUGACACUGAAGUAGAUUCUGUUAUCAGCCUUAACGACUGGAAACCAGCACCUCAACUCCUAGCAACAUCCUUCUGAAU